AUGCAGGAAUUUUACGACCCGUGGGACACGCAAGCGCUGUACCAAGAUAAAGUGCAGGGCUGCGAUACCUGCACCGAUAAGUGCGCUGUCCCGGAGCGUGGGAUAGUGUGUGGGCCUAUCCUGCGUCUGGUGGGUGUUGACUACGAGCGUAACCUCUACCGGGGCAGUCUCCUCUUGGUCUGCAGAGACAUCGCAGCACCUCAAGUUAGCUUCGUCGCCGGCCCCAGCGACAGCGGAAUCGGCGCUGGGGCGGCGGGCUCUAGCGCAAGUGCUUCGGCAUCCCAAAGUCACAGCUACUUCCCUCGCGUUUUGUUCUUCGAGGAGCAGGGCCUGCAGUUCUACAGAUACACUAUCGAAUUCGAAAUGCAGGAUUACGAGCAGUUGAUCAAAUACGCCAUUGACACCGAGAUCAAGCCGCACUACCGUUUCUUCGUACCUGCCAAAACGGCCAACUUCAAUACCAUUUCCUACAGCUGUAACGGUUUUUCCCUUUCUGUGGAUACCACUAAGUUCAAAGGCUCCAUGUGGUUUGAUAUUCUCAACAAACAUGCCAAAACCCACUACCAUGUGAUGCUGGGAGGCGGGGACCAGAUAUACUCAGACGGUGUCAAGAUCUUCUGCGACAAGUUUAAUGACUGGUUGACAGAAAAGAACCCUUCUGUCAAGGCUAGAGCCAAACUGACUCCCGAACUUCGCGCAGACCUCGAUAAGUUCUACCUAAAGGAGUACAUCGAGUGGUACGGCUACGGGUACUGGAAGGGUAGCACCCCAAAAUCGAAGACCACACAAGCGUGUUUCCCAAUCGCCAUGGCCUCUAUCCCCUCUAUCAACAUAUGGGACGACCACGACAUCAUCGAUGGGUUUGGCUCAUACUCCCACAGCUUCAUGAAAAAUGAAGUUUUCAGCGGUGUUGGCAAAGCAGCGUACAAGUAUUACAUGCUCUUCCAACAUCAUGUUUCCAUUCACGAACGCGAGGCGUAUUUAGAAAACCCUUCGUGGCUUCUUGGCCACAAGGAGAGCGACUAUAUCGGCGAAAGGUCGCAUUCUGUUUUCACCAGAAUUGGGCCCACUUGGGGUAUGCUCGGUCUUGAUUGCAGAACUGAGAGAAAAAUCAAGCAAAUUGUGAGCUGGGACACUUACGCACUUGUCUUCAAGCGUUUAGAGGAGGAGGUAGCUAAAGGCAAAAUGGACCAUUUGAUGGUGAUGCUCGGUGUUCCUAUUGCUUACCCAAGACUGGUAUGGUUGGAGUGGCUUUUUUCUUCCAAGUUCCUUGCUCCACUGAAGUACCUUUCCAAGAAGGGAUUGAUAGCAAGAAGCCUUGUCAAUGAGUUCAACGGGGAUGUCGAGCUUCUGGACGACUUGAACGACCAUUGGUGUGCUCGUCACCACAAAAAGGAGAGAAACUUCCUGGUCUCCAAGCUCCAAGACUUCGGCGCCAAGCACGGGGUCCGCAUCACUAUUCUCUCGGGCGAUGUCCACUUGACUACCAUUGGCCGCUUCCGCUCCAAGCUACACUCGCACCACAUCACCAGUUCGAAGGAUAGCGAAGUCGAGCGCGUGCUGGACGAGCCAGAAAACGACGUGAGGCUUAUGUUCAACGUUAUCUCGAGUGCCGUAGUGAACACUCCUCCCCCCACCGCAAUGAGCGGUCUGCUGCAGAAGCGCUCCGGAAUCCAUCACUUUGACAGAGAAACAGACGAGGACGUCGUUCCCUUGUUCAAGAAGGAUGUCGACGGAACUAACCGGAAGUUCUUUUCCUUCAUGAACCGCAGAAACUGGUCUGACCUCCUGCCGGUGCAAAACGUUCUGCAAAACGAGUACCUGCGCAACUUGUACCAAGUUUCGGAGGGGGAUAAAUGCGUUCCUGGAAUUAUAUCCGAUAGCGGCCUUGAAAAGCGAACCAGUGACAACUCCCCAGAGGAGAAACAAGACGUGUUAUAUCCUGUCACAUCGCAAGGUUUUAUUGCCACGAUCCACGCAGAGAAGGAUGCUUUGAGUGUCGAGUCUAAGUCGGUAGGCUACGCUGUUGUGGUGCCUGAAUUGAAAAGAGCCAACAUUUCUUUGUCGCAUAAGGGAAUCAAACAUUUGGAUGCUACAAAUCCCUCGGAAGCCUAA